AACGGGGGAGGAUGGAGGCCGGGGAGCCCUUCAACCGGUCGCGGGCUGGGGUAGAGCCGCCCCGCGGGGACUUGAACCUCUCCGGGCUGCCGGAGGCGGAGGGGAAGCCCCUCUUCGGCAUCGGCAGGGAUAACUUCAUCGUCUUGAUCGUCUUUGGCUUGAUCUUCACCCUGGGGGUGCUGGGCAACUCUCUGGUGAUCACGGUGCUGUCUCGGAGCAAGCCGGGCAAGCAGCGCAGCACCACUAACAUCUUCAUCCUCAACCUGAGCAUCGCCGACCUGGCCUACCUGCUCUUCUGCAUCCCCUUCCAGUCCACGGUCUACGUGCUGCCCGCCUGGGUGCUGGGCGCCUUCAUCUGCAAGUUCAUCCACUACUUCUUCACCGUCUCCAUGCUGGUGAGCAUCUUCACACUCUCGGCCAUGUCGGUGGACCGCUACGUGGCCAUCGUGCACUCCCGCCGCUCCUCGACCUUGCGCAUCUCCCGCAACGCGCUGCUGGGCAUUGGGCUCAUCUGGGCGCUCUCCUUUGCCAUGGCCUCACCUGUGGCUCACCACCAGCGCCUCUUCCACCCUGAGAACAGCAACCAGACCUUUUGCUGGGAGCAGUGGCCCAACCCACGCCACAAGAAGGUCUACGUGGUUUGCACGUUCAUCUUUGGUUAUCUGCUCCCGCUGCUGCUCAUCUCCUUCUGCUACGCCAAGGUCCUUAAUCAUCUGCAUAAAAAGUUGAGAAACAUGUCAAAGAAGUCAGAAGCAUCCAAGAAAAAGACAGCACAGACUGUGUUGGCGGUGGUAGUGGUUUUUGGCAUCUCCUGGCUGCCGCAUCACGUGAUUCAUCUCUGGGCUGAAUUUGGAGUUUUUCCACUGACUCAAGCUUCAUUUAUCUUCAGGGUAAUUGCACACUGCCUGGCUUACAGCAAUUCUUCUGUGAACCCGAUUAUAUAUGCAUUUCUCUCUGAAAAUUUUAGGAAGGCCUACAAACAAGUCUUCAAGUGCCAGAUAGGUAAUGAAUCACCUCUGAAUGAUGCUAAAGAAAAUAAGAGCCAGAUAGAUACACCACCAACUACCAACUGUACACACAUGUGAACUUCAGAAAGUCCUGUACGUUGGCUCUUCAGCUGUGUGAUCAAGACUUCUAGAAAACAAAGCACAAUGAGCUUUAUCCUAGCUUUUUCUUGAUAAAGCUAAUUGCUAAUAAGCUAUUUAAUGUACUGAAAUUACAUUUGUAGCAAACUUUCAUGAAACUGGUAUGAAAGAAAACUGAGCUGGUCCUUUGUAUCUUAGCUUUGCCAAAUAAAGCUCCUGGACCUUUAAAAGAUACUUCAGUAAAAAUGUUGGUGAUAUGUCUGCGUUCUUAUUCACUAAGCAUAAGUUCUAUAAACAUUCAUGUAUAUAUACAAGGAUACGUUGACAUGGACAAGUCACUUAACUUUCCGACAUCUUACCCUGUAGAAGUGAAGAGAUGGCUGAAUUUUCUGACUUAGAGAUGAUAAAUACUGUGGUACUAUGAUUUCAGAGAGGAAAACUUUCAUUAUCUCCAUCAGAUUGUUUUGACAAUGCUUUUUCUCUUUUUAAAGUAAAGAUGUGCUAUGAUGCUGAGUUGAAAUAACCCAUGUACAACUUGAGGCAACUGCUUUAGAGAGACAAUGCUGAUUUUAUCUGUUCAGCUGUCUUUUUAAUGUAAAACACUGAGUGAUGAUGAACUUUUUACUACUUUGUAUGCCUACCUUACUGCAUACACAGAACUUUUGUGUACGCUAUAUAAGGUUUUGUUUAUGGCCUGUAUGUAGUUGUACCAAAAUGAGGAUUUGUCUGAGGGAAGCUUUUCUAUAGUUUUUGCGUGUGUGUGCGUGUGUAGGGGUGCAUGUUUUGUUAACUUUAUAGACUUUGAGAUGGAGCUACAGUUUUAAAUGUGCAAUAUCUGUAUUAAUAUUAAAAUACUAUGUUCCAUAAAGAAAUUCCAAGCAAUGUUUAAGUGUUUUAAAACAGCAAUCCAUUAAAAGUUCUAAGAGGGGUUUGAUAUCAUGAAACUCUAAAAUGGAAAAUUUCAGAAGGAUGUAUUAAAAUCAAUACAAAGUAUAGAAGGUAAAUGGCAGAAUUCUGAAAAUUCUUAAAUAUCAUGAGUGAUUUCGGCAAUUUUAUAAAUGUUCUUAACAUGUCCUUAAGCAGUAAACCUCUAAAGAAAUAGUGGAAGAGUACUCAGUACUUUGAGAACAUUAUUGUUAGCUGGACAAUGAUGUGAUUUACCAUUUAUAUUAAUGACCCAUGGAAUCAUAGGAUAAAUCAAACUGAAAGAACCUCUGGACAUCCUCUCAAGACAGGGCUGCCUUCAGAUCUGGAUCACUUCCUUAUCUAGGCACGUUUUGUAAAUUUCCAAGGAUGGCAAUUCAACAACUUUUGGUCAGCCUGCUACUGCCUCAUCAUGUGCAGCUGAGAUUUCCCAUGAUGUAACUUGUGACCAUUGCCUUCUGUCCUUUCUCUGUGCAAUCCAGUAGAGUCUUCUCUCUAACCAAUCACUGUGUAAUCGAAGAUGGCAAUUAAAUUUCUUCUCAGCCUUCUCGUCACCAACCUGAAAAAAUGAGGCGCUCUGUAUCUCAUCUGUUGUGCUCCAGCCCCCUGGCCUUCCACUGCACUUGCUCCAGCGCAGCCAUCCCUCUCACAUACUGGGGUGUUUGAAAUGGGACGGCAUAUUCCAGGUGUGGUCUCACCAGCACUGAGUAGAGGGGACUAAUCGCUUCCCUAGACCCUGUGUUUUUCUGCAGAAUUACAUUCAGUCAGUCCAAGCCCAAGUUUCAGGACUCUGGAUUUGGCUUUGUUGAACUUUAUACAUUUGAUAACUAUUGUCCCAUUCCUCUGGCUUACGGAGGCCCCUCUGAAAGGAAGUCUUGCCUUUCAGUGUAUCUAGCACUUGCCAAGGUUUGGUGUCAUCUGCAAACUUGCUGAGCAUUUCCUGCUCCCUGUUCAGGUUUUUGAUGAAGAUGUUAAGUAUUGUCGAAAAGAUACUCUGUCAGAUUCUUUUUUUCUCCACAAACUUGCUUAAAAAAAAAAAUAGUUUGGUGUGGUGAAAGAUAACUAUGGGACAGUCUCUCCAUAUCAUGAAAAUGCCUAUGUUUACAUGCAAUUAUUAUCUGCUUGGAACCAGUAAAAUAAAAUUGAAGAUGUUGAAUUAAAAAUAAUGGAAUAAUACUGCAUGCAUGAUUGUGUCAAUUCCUUCAUAUGAAGAAACAGUAUGAUGUUAUUGCUAGG